AUGGAUGAUUCUAUAACAUUUUUGCAAAAAAAGUUCGAAGAAUUAGAAAAUGACUUGACAUUAGUAGAAGAAAAAAUCAAAAAGGAAUUAUCUCACAAAUAUGAUGCCAAAGUAUUUGAUAUUCACGGCCACCUUCUACAGACUAGGGGAAAGGUCCACAAAUUGUUUGAAUCGAUAACUGACCUCUAUUCUCAUAAAAAUGAACUUGUAAAUCUUUUAGAAUCGCAACUAGUUUCUUCUCUCACUCUGAGAAGUAUUGAGAAAACUGUCGGAUGUACUAUUGGUGCAGAUAGUGAAAGCACAGAGGCAACGGCCAGAGAUUUAAUCUCCUCAUGGAAGAAUAUUGGUUCCGAAGAAGUCAAAGACCUGAUUCAGCCAGUAGAACCUGUGAAGAACGAUAAUGUUAUCAAUACUAUCCAAAAGCCCAGAGUUGAAACUGAGCAACAAAACAUAGAAUUUAUCCCAGUAUCCGAAGAGCAAUUUGAUAGUGUGCCUGUAUUAAUAAAGAGAAGGGCUAAACUAGAACAGGUGAACCAGCUCUUAAAACACUUGUUCGAUAUCGCUCUUAAAAAGAACAAGUGCCUACCUGUGAGGCUAAAGGAUCUUUCAGAGGAUGGAAUCCAAGUAUAUGGUCAGACGGGUUCAUCAAAAAUCGCAAUUUUACGUUAUUUGAAGAUGGUAGAAGUCGUAAACAGGGACAACACUGUCCAACUGCUAGAUUCCAGGUUCAAAGGCAAACCUAAGAGGAAACUUGUCUGA